AUGGACUUGGAGGCAUACUUCAACGAGGAGACACUGUUUGACCUGGUGGAUAAGUUCGAUGACCAGGUCGUACAACCAAUUGUCAACACCAAGUAUGAUGAUUCCUUGAACAAUGCCAACACACCAGCGCCAAAGUUCUCAAGAUCAGGUUUGGUCCAAUACAACAAAUAUCUCACCAAUGAUGAGUUGACUACCUUCCUAAGAACAGUGGCCAAACUAUAUCCAACUCUAACCAAACUCUACAGUAUUGGUAAAUCUGUAGAGGGUAGGGAUUUAUGGGCAAUGGAUUUGACAACCAAUGCAGGGUUUGAUGAUAUGAAGCCACAAGUAAAGUUGGUUGGUAAUAUGCAUGGUGAUGAGAUUGUUGGAAGACAUCUACUCGUAUACUUUAUAGACUACCUCACCUCAAACUACAAGUCCAAUUCUAAAAUUGAGGAUUUGUUAUCCGAUAUCAAGAUAUCCAUUAUUCCAUCAAUGAAUCCGGAUGGUUAUCAAAAAGUUCAAAGAGGCAAUGCCUUUAAUAUUGACCUUAAUAGGGACUUCCCUCAAGGAGGUGCACGUCAAACAAUGAAAGAGCAACCUGAAACACAGGCAGUGAUGAAGUGGACCAAGGAGAAUAGAUUCGUUCUCAGUGCUAAUCUACAUGGUGGUGCAGAGGUUGCAAACUACCCAUAUGACUCGGCCAGGGGAAAAAGUCAGUACGAGACUGGAUAUUAUAGUGUGGCACCAGACGAUAGCACAUUUAGAAAGAUUGCACUCACCUAUUCACUCAAUCACAAGUCCAUGCAUGGAUCAGAGGAGUUCUUUGCUGGCAUUACCAAUGGUGCAAAUUGGUACGUGUUGGAUGGUGGAAUGCAGGAUUGGAACUAUGAUAAUCUCAAUGACUUUGAGAUUACCAUCGAGGUGUCCAAUGACAAACAACCUAAUCCAGAGAUGUUGCCUUCAUACUGGGAGGAUAAUCGUCAAGCACUAUUAUCAUUCGUCACACUACCAACUACGAUGGGAGUUUAUGGAAAGGUAUCCAAUACCAAUGGUCAACCAUUACAAGCCAAGAUACAAAUACUUGGUAUCAAUCAUCAUAUUAAUUCAUUUGCCAAGUUUGGAGAUUAUUAUCGUCUACUUGACUCUGGUAUCUUUACAAUGGUUGUUAGCUCCCCUGGUUACAAGUCGCACAAACAGGUGAUCCGUGUGGCCAAUGGACAGAGGACAAAGGUGGAUGUUGUACUUGAGGAGGGACAAGACGAUGUCAACAACAAAGUACUUGUUCCAAAGGUGGAUUGUGAAAGUGAUAUAAUUGACAGACCAGUGGAUAAGACUGUCGUCAGUAUUAUCCACAGCAAGAAGGAUAUCUUCCGCUACAAGAAGGUGGUGGUCUCAUCAUUCAUCAUCUUUAUGUCCAACAUUGGUAUGGGCAUCGGUAUAUAUGUCUACCUAACAAGACGAAGAAACCAAGCACUCCAACGAAGGAACUACUCUGCUGUGGCAGGCGACUCAUAA